AGCGAGCCCUCCUCCUCGGCCAGCGGCACACCCAGCUGCUUGCUGACUCCACAGGCUCUGUCCCAGAAUGUGCUGCCCCAAACACCCUCCCUCGUUCUGACAUGAGUUCCAGCUGCCUACAGAGUCUGAUUUCCAGCGGCCAGGAGCCAGUACACAGAGAGCCCUGAGGAGUAGCCCCCCAGCAGGAGCGGCCAACGCCUGGGUCCACUAUGAACUGGGGGAUCUUCGAAGGGCUCCUGAGCGGGGUCAACAAGUACUCCACUGCCUUUGGGCGCAUCUGGCUGUCUCUGGUCUUCAUCUUCCGCGUGCUGGUGUACCUGGUGACGGCUGAGCGGGUGUGGAGCGAUGACCACAAGGAUUUUGACUGCAACACCAAGCAGCCGGGAUGCUCCAAUGUCUGCUUUGAUGAGUUCUUCCCCGUGUCCCACGUGCGCCUCUGGGCCCUGCAACUUAUCUUGGUCACCUGCCCCUCGCUGCUCGUGGUCAUGCACGUGGCCUACCGAGAGGCUAGGGAGAAGAAGCACCAAGAAGCGGUGGGGGAGGACGGCGGGCGCCUCUACCUGCACCCCGGCAAGAAGCGGGGUGGGCUCUGGUGGACGUAUGUCUGCAGCCUGGUGUUCAAGGCCGCCGUGGACACCGCCUUCCUCUAUGUGUUCCACUCAUUCUACCCCAGAUAUACCCUUCCUCCUGUGGUCAAGUGCCAUAUAGCUCCGUGUCCCAACACAGUGGACUGCUUCAUCUCCAAGCCCUCAGAGAAGAACAUCUUCACUCUCUUCAUGGUGGUCACAGCCGCCAUUUGCAUCCUGCUCAACCUCGUAGAGCUGGUCUACCUGGUGAGCAAGAGGUGCCGUGAGGGCUUGGCGGCGAGGAGAGCCAGGGCCCCAGGCAUGGGCCAUUGCCCGGAUGGUGCCACCUCUUCCUGCAAGGGGGACGACCUCCUCUCAGGUGACCUCAUCUUUCUGGGCUCGGAUGCUCACCCUCCUCUCUUACCAGAUCUCCCUCGAGACCACGUGACCAAGACCAUCCUGUGAGAGCCGCCUCAUCAAACCCGGCAUCUCCCACAGUGCAGCCUUGGGGGCAGGCAGCAGGGAGGGUCCGGCACCUGCCCCACUGUGGGGCCUUGGGCCAGUGACCCCUCUGAGUUGAACCUGCAUUUCCUUUUAUGUAAGACGGAAGUGAAGCCCACGUCACAGGGUGUUGCUAUGAGAAGCGGUUUCUUUAGAAAAUGGAUGUGCAAGUACAUUGGGGGGGCGGGGCAGGGGACGGUCAAGGCUUAAUAAAAGUCAACUCAUCCACUUGAUUCAAGGUGCCAUUCACUCUUUUGGCCUUUGUGACCCUUCUCAGGUCACUGCUCAACCUCUGUGUCCCUGCAAAAGGCUGGACCUGACCUGGCCUUGUGAGGGGCCAUUCCUUCCCCCAGCAAAGUGUCCCCAGAACUCCUGGGGGUCAUGCCACCUGCUCAUGCUCUAAACAACCCUUUAUCCCAGUUGCAAAUUGAGGUCCGAGGACUAUCUGAAAAUAUAAUGGGGCUUGGCCUGUGGGAAGCUGUGUGUUGCCAUGGAAAGUUCAUGAACUUUUGAGUCAGAACACUUGAGUUCGAACCCAUGCUCCACUGGGACUCUGGGAAAGGGACUUCAGCUCCUCUCCAAAAUGGGUUAAUAAUACGGAGCCUGGGGGCGGUGGGGGAAUGGAUGAGUUCAUGGCUAUGGAUGGGGUAAGCCAGCUGUAAAAGGCCACAUAAAUGUUAAUCAUUGGUAUUAGGAAGUGCUCAAUAAAUGCUUGU